ACCUGUCUGUCACUUCCUGACACUAUCAACCAGUUCACAGCUCUACUCUUCGUUUAAUCAUCUCUUCUUCCAACGUCAUUAUUCAUCAUGUCAGAUGCCAGUCUCAUCAUUGUUGACUCUCCCGCGCACGCACCAGGGGUGUCAGUGAUCACACUCAAUCGCUCAGAGAAGCGCAAUGCACUCUCAAAAGCCAUGAUCACCGAGUUACUUGGAGCUCUAUCUCGAGUCUCGGCUGACUCAAACACCAAAGUCAUUGUCGUAACUGGACGCGGUUCUUGCUUCUCGGCUGGUGCCGAUAUCAAGGAGAUAUCAACGAUGGAUGCAGAAGCAGCAAGAUCUUGUCGUUACCUGGAAGAUCUGUGCCAUGGCAUGGCUGCUGUGAGAAAGCCUAUUCUAGCAGCAGUAGAUGGGCCCGCACUUGGAGGUGGUUUUGAGCUUGCCAUGAUGUGUGACUUGAUCUAUGCAUCGCCACGUGCAAAGUUUGUGCUCCCCGAGGUGAAUCUCGGUCUCAUCCCCGGAGCGGGAGGCACUCAACGGCUCACGUCUGCCUUGGGCAAGUUCAGAGCCAUGAAAGCCAUCUUGCUUGGAACGCCGGUCUCGAGUGAAGAAGCUUUGUCUUGUGGGCUGGUCUGCGACAUGUUUAAGGAUGGGCAAGUAUUGGACAAGACUAUCGAUGCUGCUGCGCAGGUUGCAGCUCGUGGUGGUGUUGCCGUUCAAUUGGCUAAGGAAGCUAUAUGCCGAGCUGAUGAUUCAUGUCGCGAUGACGCAUUUGAGAGGAGCUUGUAUUACUUUGCUUUUGGGACGGAGGAAAAAGCAACAAGGGUUGAAGCCUUUCUACGACGGUAA